UACCUUUGAAGUCGCUACCGCCACUUACUUCGACACUGUAUCGCACUGUGCAGGGGUGAUCUAUGAGAGGCGGUUAUUUUUUACCAGCUAGCAGCAACGUUCGGUGCCUGACUUGAGAUUCAGGGAAGUGCAAUAGAUAUGCAGGUAUGGAUAUUAACUAGUAGGCUGUAGUUAUCAAUGAGAGGGAGAAUCGCAGCGAUGAGAGGACUGUGGAUGUUGAUUCAUCACCUAUGAUGUCUACCUACUGAUGCGUCACAGCCCUGAGCCUCACUGUGACUACCGGGUUUAUCUAUGCAUGUAUAUAGGAUUCUUCACACCGACGGCCAUGCCCUUUUUUGCUGCGGGACCUUGCGGCAAACGCCAUUAUGCUUUUCUGGCUGGUGCGAUUAUAUCUGCCGCAGGUUUCGUUUUUGUUUUGUUUAUUAUGAGACGAUACAUGAGACUCUGGGCUGCUUUUGGGGUGGCCGUUGCUGCUUAUGCACGCUAUCGCUUGUCUUGAUUCAGGUUUACGUGGGCUGUUAUUAGUCCAACGUGUAGA